AAGGCGCCGGAAGUGGCCGCCCCGAGGAGGGGUGGGAGAGGGGCUUCCGAGGCAGUUCACUUGGCUGUAGCCGGGCGACUCGGUGGGGUGCGUCUGACUCCUUCCCGAGUUCCUGGCUUCGGCCGAACAUGGACUUCAGAGAAAUUCUGCUGAUAGCUUCCAAAGGACAAGGAGUCAACAAUGUGCCGAAAAGAUAUAGUUUGGCUGUGGGGCCUCCCAAAAAAGAUCCAAAAGUUAAAGGUGUCCAAUCAGAAGCUGUACAAGCUUUUCUUAGGAGGAAAGAGGAGGAACUCAGACAAAAAGCCUUAGAAGAGAAAAGGAGAAAGGAAGAACUAGUGAAGAAGCGAAUUGAGCUCAAACAUGACAAGAAAGCAAGAGCUAUGGCCAAGAGGACAAAGGAUAAUUUCCAUGGUUACAAUGGGAUUCCUGUUGAGGAAAAGUCAAAGAAGCGGCAGGCAACGGAGAGCCAUACCAGCCAGACAGCAGACCACGAGUAUGAGAUGGAAGAGGAGGAUGAAUUCUUAGAGUACAAUCAAGCAGAGCCAGAGCAGGAGUAUGAGGAAGAACAAGAGCCUCCCAAAGUUGAAAGCAAACCAAAGGCCCCCCUUAAAAGUGCCCCACCACCCAUGAACUUCACUGAUCUACUCAGGCUGGCUGAGAAAAAGCAGUUUGAACCGGUGGAGAUCAAGAUAGUAAAGAAAGUAGAAGAGCGACCUAUGACUGCAGAAGAACUUAGGGAGCGAGAAUUCCUUGAGCGAAGGCAUAGGAAAAAGAAACCUGAGACAGAUGUGAAACUACCUCCAACUGUGUCCAAAAAGGCACCUUCUCAGAAAGAGAGUGUGAGCACAAAAUUUAGCAAAGGUUCUGCGGACAGGCACCCUUCUUCAAAGGGAAUGCCGCUUCCUCAGGCUGAGAAGAAAUCCAGACCCAGCAUGGCCAGUGAGAAACACUUAGUUUUGUCUUCAUCCAAAUCCAUGCCAGGAGAGAGGACCAAGGCAGGAUCUGGCAAUAGCUCCCAACCCUCACUUCGUGAAGGCCAUAACAGACCUGUUUUCAAUGGGGCUGCAAAGCCCCACUCGAGCACAUAUUCACCAACUGUCCCAAAGACUUCUGCCAGUGGGACUCAGAAACCUGCUACCGAGCACAAAGCCAAAAAAUCUCCUUCCCAUCCUAGCCAUUCCAGACCUGCAUCCAUGGGCUCUCCACACAAUAAGGUGAAGAGUCCAGGUGUCAGGCAGCCAGGCAGCAGCUCCAGUUCAGCCCCUGGGCGACCCAGCCCAGGGACUCCUCGACCCACAGUCAAUUCUGGCCCAGUGCCCAGGCGCCAGAAUGGCAGCUCCAGCUCAGGACCUGAGCGAUCAGUCAGUGGGACCAAGAAACCAGUCAGUGACUCAAAACCCUCUGGGCGGACAGUCAGUGGUGCAGGUGGCCCUGGACGACCUGCAAAUACCACAAAUGGCCCUGGGCGACCCAUCAGCAGCUCAGGUAGUGCUGGUAGACCUAUGGUCAGUUCUGGAGGCCCUGGGCGGCCUGUGAGCAGUCCACAUGACCUUCGACGGCCAGUGAGUGGCUCAGGCCCCCCUGGGCGGUCAGUCAGUGGCCCUGGACGAUCCAUAAGUAGCUCAGUUCCAGCUGGACGGACUGUCAGUAGUUCAGGCCCUGGAAGACCAAUGAGCAACUUGGCACCUGGGCGAACAGUUGGUAGCUCAGGUCCACCUGUAAAGCCCAAGUGCACUGUUGUCUCAGAAACAAUUUCUUCCAAGAAUAUUAUUAGCCGGCCCAUCAAUGGACAGAUGAAUGGAAUGAAGCCAUCCCUAACUGGCUACAGAUCUGCCCAAGGUCCUCAAAGGCUUCCUUUCCCUACUGGUUAUAAGAGACAGCGAGAAUAUGAAGAGGAAGAUGAUGAUGAUGAUGAAUAUGACUCUGAAAUGGAAGAUUUUAUCGAAGAUGAAGGAGAACCUCAGGAAGAAAUAUCUAAGCACAUUCGAGAAAUCUUUGGCUAUGACCGAAAAAAAUACAAAGAUGAAAGUGAUUAUGCCUUACGUUACAUGGAAAGUAGCUGGAAAGAGCAGCAAAAGGAAGAAGCAAAGAGCCUACGACUGGGUAUGCAAGAGGACUUAGAGGAAAUGAGACGUGAAGAAGAAGAAAUGAAACGUCGAAAGGCCAAGAAGCUCAAGAGGCAUUAGCUAGCUGCUGCUUUUAUUUAUUUCUGUGAGAUUCCUGGAGACACUGCUGUGAGGAUUUCCUGCCUUUAGACUAAAGACGCUCCCUUACUGGUGUAGAUUUAUACAUGGGUACUCAAGGAGAAGGAAUGCAUAUUGUCAUUUGCAGGCUGUCAUUUGAGCAUAAAGUACUUUUAAAUACUUUCCAGGGUAAAAUCUAUAACACAGAUGAUGAAAUGCCCACUAUGUGCUCUUAUGAAGUUAACUGUUCGCAGAUGCCAGCCUUGAUCCUGAUAAGCUAUGCACUCUAAUGUGGGGUCACUCUGCAGUCCUCCAACUUCUAUUGUUCCUUUGCUACUUUAAAAGGAAAAAGGAAAAAAAAAAAAAAGGAUUGCCUCUGAACUUCUCUAAUUCUUCUGCUGAUAUGUGAGUAGGGCCCUCUCCAGCUCCCAAACUUACUGUCUUUAUGAAGAAACUGGCCUUUCUAUGAAUGUUGCCAGCAAUAAUGUGGCCUCUCUUAAUCUAUAUGUUUGGAUUCAGAACUUGAAAAUGUAGAGUAGGCUUUAUAAUUAUCAUAUGGAUGUCAUCCCUGUGAUUCUGAAGUACAAAGUAGAAUAAAUUAUAUUGUAUUCUAUACUACUCAAUGGAUUGGAUGCUGAGCAUUCUUAUUAAUUUAGGUGAUUGGACAACGAACGGAAAUUUUUCCAGGUUAAAAUACAAGAAUAUUCUCUUCUCAGUUUUCCUUUCAGAUUUAUUGUUAUAUUGGCUUUCAUGUAAUAUACAAGGUCACUGUGCUGAUUGAUUUUUUUACCUUACAAAAUUCAUUUUUAUAUUGAAGAAAAAGUUAUUUUAUUCAAACAUUAGAUUAGAAAGAGUAAUAGUUUAAAAAAUAAGGAAGUGACAUGUGAGGCUUCCCACCUCCCUACUUAAAAAAAUACUUUGGAAUCCCAAGGUGCCCCGGUACCUUUUGAUGUUAAUGACUUUGCAUUUUUAGCUUAAAAUUCUUAGCAAAUAUUAAUGGCAAAAACCAAAAACUAAAUUCAUCUGUAUCAAGAGUACCAACUUCUCCUUUUGCCCAUAUUGCACUUUUAUUUCAAACUAUGCACUGUGAAGAAAUUUUUUACCCCAGGUAGAAAAGCAGAUGUUCCCUGUUCCUGCUGUGUUACAGGGCUGUGGAACUUUCUUCACUUUCACCCUUUUAAAAUCAUAUCUAUUGACUUGCUAUCACUUAAGCCUCAAGUCCAAGCAAUUCCAAUCAGGCUGACCUAGGAUCUGGCUGGAAGGAGGCCAUGUCUCAAGGAUCAGCAACAGAAGAUGAGACAUGAUAAUGCUAGAGAGCAUUUGUCCUUGACUGUAAAUACUGAGGUUGGAGGCAGUUGAAAUUAAGAUGAUAGGGCAAUUCUAUAAUUCUAUAAUGUUCUGGCUCUCUUAAGCCACUGGAUAGUAGGGAACAGGAAUAGUAGUAGGGGUUGUCCUACAAAGAAUCCUUACUCUUUAACAGGUCCAAAUAUGUUGUAUGUAUUCCUUUUUUUCCAUAAAGUGUAUUUAUUACAGAUUUUAUCAUUGAUAGUCUCCCUUAAUGGGACCAUAUGACCCUGACCUUUAACACUGACUUACUUUGAAUUGACUUUCAAAUUUUGAAAGUGUGAGGAUUUGAUUUUAAAUUCCAUAGAAGGUAUCUUCAUUGCUAGGAGUGACACCCUUUCUAACUCUCCACAACUGUCACACAAGUAGCAGAAGAGCCUGUUGACUUCCUCUUACCCAUCUCAGUUACCGUCAAUGAAAUCAAUUAAGGGUAAUGUGAUAUUCCAUUUAAUAAAUAGGUCUAGAACAUUAUUUCUUUCGCCAUUAUUUAUAUGUUUCCCCUUUCAAAAGUAUUUUUGGGGGUGAUUUUUUUUCUUUCAGUAUUCAGAUUAUGAAAUCUAAUUACAAUCAAAUUCUUGUUAUAGCCGAAAGGUUUCCAGUGGCAUAAACUUUCUGAUAAUGGUGCAGUUUGUACAGAAAGGCACCACUGUGCUAGAUUAAGUCUCCAGAACUUAGUAGGAAGAGUCAGGUUGUAAACCUUGUAUGUCUAUUACUUCUAUGCUAAUUUGUAUAAAUAUAAUAAAACUGUACUGUGACUUUCAUUUUUUUAAAAAAGGAAAGUUAUGAGUGAAUCUUUUAACAGUCUUGGCCUUGUUGUCAAAUCCUGUCUUCCAUUCUGUCCUGCACUUCCUGACCAUUCUUAGAAAAAGCUCACAAGCCUUUGAAGAAACUGGAAUUGGCUGUUAUUUGAUCAAGGUUUACAAAUUAAGUGCUUAAUUCUUCAUGUAUCAUCUACUGUUUUGACUUUCAGAUUUUCUUAACAUUUGAAGAUGUGCCUUUUCUUGGGUAAUGUUAAUCACGAAUGUAGUAAUGUUAUUUCACGAUUGUAAUAAUGUUACAUGAUCAUGGGUGUGGCAUUCUCUAACUCAAUUGACGUGAACAGAAAGUAGUUUUCAUAAAACUCAUGGCUCUGAUUGCACAGUCCCACUUGCUUUUGAUGUUACAUCAAAGCAAGGGGCACUUUUCUUUUAAAGGCUACUUUCAGAACUUGUCUUUGUAUUUUCUCUAAACUAUAAAUGCAGUUAUGUCCAUUUGGAGGCCAGGGUACCACAUGUCACAGGGAGCCUUACAUGUGUGCCGAGAGAAGGUUCAAAGACUGUUAACAAAAAAGAAAGUCUAAGGGAACGCAAAAUUUCAUUUUCUAAUGGUAAUCCCCAAGAUUUUCUCCAAAAAAUAAAUUGUUUUGUAUUUUGUAACUUAAAAGCAGCUAUUAGUACAUUUCUGAGAUAUAGCAGGAGACCAAAACAUUUUUGGAAAGAGAAUAAAUAUAUGAAGAGAGACUGGUUGUUUUAUUUUCAAUGUGCUGAAUAUAUUAGACUACUAUUUAUUUUGUGAAUGGAUGUGAUGAAAUAAAUAUCCAGGUGUUUAGUGUAUGAUAAGAUGGGAUAUAUAGGUUUUUUUGGAGUUACUAAAUCCAUCAUGUCUUUUACAUAAUGGACAAAUCAAGUUAAAAAAAAACCUUUUACAUAGCUUAGCCUGUUUUCUGGUGCUGUUGAACUGCAAGAGAAAAUACUUUUGCAUAUAUACAGGUGAAAGUUUUUUUCAAUUUAUGUAUACAAGACAUUG